AGUUUCAAACAGUCAUAUAUAUAUCGCAAUAUUUCACUUUAAGAACAUUCGUUGGCAGACUCUGUAUAGCUAAACCAAACUCCGUAUAGCAGCUAUACGGAGUAUUACUCCGUAUAGAAACCACACUCGUCACAGUGACGCUCAUUCGAAAAAGAUGGCGAAUAAAGCAGUGUAUUUUGAUGUUUUUUUGCCCAUUUAUUUCAUUUUUUUUGUCUAGUAUUCGUUUCUGGAUUAAAUCUAGUUGAUUUUUGCAAGUCACAUUAUUAAAUCCAAUAGAAACAUGCAAUAUACAAAAAUGUUUCAUCUGGAUUCAAAAGGGAUUGUAAUAGCUAGCUAAGCUAGAGCGGGUCCAAGAUGCGAGGGAAAUUGGAAGAUCGCACAUUGUGUGUUGUCUAGGAGUUGUCUAGUAGAGCACGGGCCAUAAUUGGAUCUGCGUAGAUCAAAAAGGGCAUUAAAUACUCUCUAGGACUCUCCAUAUCUAAGCCAUGGCGCUUCAUGUGUGUAUCCCUCAAUAUUUGCGAGGCUAGCCAUGUAAAGUGCACAUCUAUCUAUCUAUCUACCAGAUAACUCCCUGCAACAUCCACCGGUGCACACAGUGUGGUGGAAUUCCCAAUUUCAACAUUUACUGGUCCAUAUUGAAUCGCCACCAAGGAGAAUCCAACCCCAGUCUAAUGCAUGAAGUGCAAGAGUCAUAACCACUAAGGGAUCGUCCACAAAUUUUGUCCCAUUAACAAGAUGCUAUAAGAUGAAAAAGUUAAAAAAAAUUUGUCUUGUUUUGUUCUUAAUUGAAAUCAAGACGAUUUAAAAAUUGUCUCAUAAGAGACGAUAUUUUUUCAAUUCGUCUUAGAAUAAAAAAAGUGAAACAAAAUAUUUUAAGAUGAAUUGAGACGAAUUAAGAUGCUGCGGUAAAAUCACGAAGACGAAUUGAGAGAAACUAAGACGACAGGGUUUCUUAAACACAAAAAUUUAUGGAAAAAGCUACUGUUUUUUAAAGUGGUUUUCUUAGAUAAAAAAAGGCAACUCCUGGCACGUGUACUCUGACCCUCUGAAAGGCAUUUUGCCUUGUUGAUAAAGGUGAUAGUGGCGAAGUUGUUGGCCACUCCGAAAUAACAGCUCAGGGGCCACACGACCCUGGAGACGAGGAUGCAAACAUGUCACACUCUGUAUACUAAGCCUGUCACACUCCGUAUAGCAUACUUCAUAUAUUAAGCAUGUCAUACUCCGUAUACUAACUAUGUCACACUCCGUAUACUAAGCAUGUCACAUUCCAUAUACUAAGCCUGUCACACUCCGUAUAGUAAGCAUGUCACACUCUGUAUAGCAUACUUCGUAUGUAAAGCAUGUCACAGUCCGUAUGGCAUAGUCCGUAUAGAAUAAUCCGUAUGGCAUAGUCCGUAUGGCAUAGUCCGUAUAGCAUACUCCGUAUGGCAUACUCCCUUAUAGCAAAUCCUGCAUACUCCACACUCACAAUGUGUAUGCUAUAAUCCUUUUUUUUUGCAAUAAAACUAAUGUUUCCAUACUUCGUAUAACUACAAUAUACCUCGUAUGUUUACGAUGGAUAAAAAGUAGAAAAAUGACGUGCUUGUCUUUUUAACUUGUUUUUUAUGGUGGUUUUUUUUUUUUUUUUUUUUGGAAAUAGUUUCAAACAAUCAUAUAUCGCAAUAUUUCACUUUAAGAACAUUCGUUGGCAGACUCUGUAUAGCUAAACCAAACUCCGUAUAGCAGCUAUACGGAGUAUUACUCCGUAUAGAAACCACACUCGUCACAGUGACGCUCAUUCGAAAAAGAUGGCAAAUAAAGCAGUGUAUUUUGAUGUUUUUUUGCCCAUUUAUUUCAUUUUUUUUGUCUAGUAUUCGUUUCUGGAUUAAAUCUAGUUGAUUUUUACAAGUCACAUUAUUAAAUCCAAUAGAAACAUGCAAUAUACAAAAAUGUUUCAUCUGGAUUCAAAAGGGUUUGUAAUAGCUAGCUACCUAGCUAGAGCGGGUCCAAGCCAUGCGAGGGAAAUUGGAAGAUCGCACAUUGUGUGUUGUCUAGGAGUUGUCUAGUAGAGCACGGGCCAUAAUUGGAUCUGCGUAGAUCAAAAAGGGCAUUAAAUACUCUCUAGGACUCUCCAUAUCUAAGCCAUGGCGCUUCAUGUGUGUAUCCCUCAAUAUUUGCGAGGCUAGCCAUGUAAAGUGCACAUCUAUCUAUCUAUCUACCAGAUAACUCCCUGCAACAUCCACCGGCGCACACAGUGUGGCGGAUUUCCCAAUUUCAACAUUUACUGGUCCAUAUUGAAUCGCCACCAAUGAGAAUCGAACCCCAGUCUAAUGCAUGAAGUGCAAGAGUCAUAACCACUAAGGGAUCGUCCACAAAUUUUGUCCCAUUAACAAGACGCUAUAAGAUGAAAAAGUUAAAAAAAAUUUGUCUUGUUUUGUUCUUAAUUGAAAUUAAGACGAUUUAAAAAUUGUCUCAUAAGAGACGAUAUUUUUUCAAUUCGUCUUAGAAUAAAAAAAGUGAAACAAAAUAUUUUAAGAUGAAUUGAGACGAAUUAAGAUGCUGCGGUAAAAUCACGAAGACGAAUUGAGAGAAACUAAGACGACAGGGUUUCUUAAACACAAAAAUUUAUGGAAAAAGCUACUGUUUUUUAAAGUGGUUUUCUUAGAUAAAAAAAGGCAACUCCUGGCACGUGUACUCUGACCCUCUGAAACCAAUGAAUGAAUCACGAUUCGAACACAGGGCAGAAGAUAAAAAUUGUUACAUUUUUUUUCUUGAAAAAUUCGAAAAAGGACGGUUUCUCUUACAGUACUGGAACCAGGACACCUAACAUCGUGAGCGCAUAUCAUGCACGACACGAACAAUCCGCGAUCCUAUCGUGACCAUUGCGAUAGAAAAAAUGUUAAUGAAGAGCUUCGCGAUAGUCGUGAUGUAUAAAAAAAUAACGAUGCUAUCGCGAUCGUCACUAUUAAUCGUGAUUGUCCUGAUUGAUCGUGAAUAACAUUAAAAAUAUUAAAUAUUAGAUGUGUAUAGCUAAUCUUGUGUCUUUGUUUUUGUUUUUUUACAUUUAAAAAUUCUUUUGCAUCUUGUAUUUUUAUUAGAAAUUGGAUUUUAGAAAUAUGGUGACUCCAACUAAAUUACUUGUUCGCGCGAAGUAGAUAGUAGUUUACGGUCUGUCGGUCGGCGAAAUAAAAAUAAUUUUAUCGAGAAUAUAUAAAUGGUUGGAACAACAAAAUGAUAACUAUCGUGCACAUGUAACAUUACAUUCAGGCGGUACUGUAAUAUAUAGUCCGUGAAACUUUUUUGCAAUUAAAUAUUCAUUUUCUUAGCUAAUAUACUGAAAUGUAUGAACCAUUACAGGCGGAAUUGUUUCGCUUUUCCACAACAUACUUCCAGCUUCGAACGACGAAGUUUGCUGUGAUAAAAUGUUGCCAAACAACGUAGCGUAAGUUAAUCAGCAGCCGUGCCACUGCCGUUCUGCUAGAACAAUGGAAUAUUCUUUUUUACUGAACAAAAUCAUGCUGGGUCUCCUGGCCAAGAUUUUUAAAGUUUCGUGUUAAACAAGAUUUUUAAAGUUUCGUGUUAAACUCACGCUACGGAAGUGUUUGAAAAUAUUUUUGACCUUUUGAGACAAAUUUAUUAUAGCAGAGACGAUUUGAGACGAAUUAAGAAAAUUCAUAGACAAAAUGAGACGAUUCGGACACGAAUUUGUGUUUAAAAUAUGAUUUUUGUGAUGAGAACUGCUUAUCAGAAACAAACAUUGUAAUCAUGUAGCAUGUACAGUACAGUCCAAAUGUAACCUUCCGUGUACGCGCUAUACAACACUUUUUCUGCAAGUCGGAAGCCCUUUAAUCUUUUGUUGAUAGUAAUUACUUUAAUGAUCUUUGCAAGAGCUGUGUUGGGAGUGAUUUAACAAAAGAUUCGUGAUAAAACAAUACUAUAAUCAUUUUCUCAUAACUGCGAGUUUGUUAAAACUUAUUGAAAAUAAAAUCUAGGUAUUAGCGCAAGUAAUCAAAUUUAAUGAUUUCUUAACUACGCGAAAGAUUAAAAUAAUCGUGCAAGAACUAUUGUUUUUAAAAUGUUUUUUUAUGUUUCAAAUUUAUCCUUUUAAAAAAAUAUAUUUCUUAACAUUUUAUUCAACGCUAUUUUUUGCAACGAAACAAUAUUCAAAAGAAAAAAGUAUCACGCGCUUCUUUUUUGUUUAAAAGACUUUUCAAAAAAAAAAAUUAUCCUUUUGAUCAUUUUAUUGCAAUCUUUUUUUUCUUAACAAAACUUUAGGAAUAACUUUAGCAGCAUAAUUUUAAAAUAUUCCUUAACCAAAAAAGUCAUUUUACUCUGAUGCUCUUUCACCUUGUUCUACCAUACUUUAUUUAAUGAAGAGGCUAGGCGUGCAACACUUUGCAUGCCCAAAAGUGUUUCUAUGUUGUCAAGGCGUGCGAUUCUCAAUUCUUCAAUAACUGUCUCUACAAUGGAGGAGGGUGUUACAACAAGUAUAUUUUCUGUGUAUUUUCACAUCACGCACGUAGAUAAUUAGUAAUUUUCUUGUUGCAAAAAAAAUUUUAAUAAUUCGUCUCCCUUUAAAAAAAUGAAAAAAAUUGUUCUUGUGUUUAGCAAAAUAAGUAUUUAUGCAGCAAGAAGUUUUCUUGUAAUGGUUUGAAAAUUAUGGGGCAAGCAUUAUUCUUUGCUGUUUCAAAAGUUAUACAGAAGAUGGUUUUGUCUCGAAAGUUAUACAGCAGGUUAAGAUUGUUUCCUUCAAAAAGUUAUGCAACAAAUUGUUCACUUAUAAAAAAACUGAGAAAUUAUUUUAAUAAAAAAUGUUGUUUUUCGUGCAGUCUUUUACAAAAUCCAUGUCCCCCACAUGCCAAUAUUUUUAACAGAGGAGGGUGUUGCGACAAACAUAUUCUGCGAUGUAUUUUUUUAUAUUAUUUUCCCUAUAAAGCGGACUAUUUAAGCAAUAGUCUGCAGUAUUAUAUUUUAGCUAGCAAACAUAUUUCACCAUUGUAUAAUGAUACAAUCAUAAUGAAGGAGGGAGUUACGACAAUAACAUGUCUCUUGUGUUAUUUCUAGAGACUUUUUAGAUGGGCGUCACGAGUACUUGCAAAAGUUACAGUUUUACAGAAAAUUUAAAGCAAUGUAUGUAGUGAAAGAUGUAUUAAAAUCAUGUUCUGAAAAUUUAAGACAUUUUAAAUCUUUCUUAAAGAUAAAAAUUAAGAUAGUACAGUAAAGUUUAUUUUUAUAUUGUUUAUUGCUUUUGUUUACAAAUUAUAUAGACUUCAUGCCAAAAGUAUUCUCAACAUCGUUAUACACAGGUUAUUGUUAUUUACACAAUAAGUUUUCCUGAUCUUUUGGUUUCUCAUGGUAUAAUUAUUUUCUCUAAAAGACAAUGGUGUAUUACAAAAAUAACAUUUAUGUGAGUUGCGCGUACGCAGGAGGCUACAUUCAGACUGUUCUGUAGGUAGCAACUGAGUUGCCUUUAUUGAGCAUUGUGCAAAAUGUAUGAAUAGCACGGAAACAAAAACGAUGUCCUUUGAUAGUUAGCAAUCUUAUUUUAGUGGCGUUAUAUAAGGUUAUGAUGCCACUAGGGAGCCAAAUUUUCCGGUUCAGCUACUACUAAAAUAGGAGAAGUGCAUUUUGAAGUGGUCGUUAUAAGCAGAUGGUCGUUGCAGAGAGGUGGUCAUUAACACAGAAGUAAAAAUGUCAUGGGAUCAUUUUGAAACGUGGGAUCUACAAACUGAUUUAAAAGCAGCAAAAACAAAAUCUCAAAAGACAUCAACAACUAGUAAAAAAGGUUCUGGUGAUGGAAUAGCUGCACAACUCGGAUUAAAAAAAAUUAAACGAUCCUACUUUCCUGAAGUGGAACAAUUGAAAAAAAGUAGAUCAAGGGAGAAUAUUAGCAGUGAGGUUUUUUACAGUAAAGAAUGUCCUCCGCGUAGUAAAUUUAAAACUACGGACAGAGUGGCUGCUUGGGUUAACUCCAUACCAGAUAAAAAAGUAAAACCUGACAAGCCUUCCUCUGAAAACAGUGCAUAUUCGCCUAAAUCAGAUGAUUGUGUCUCCAACAAAAUGCCAAAUUCGAAGAAAGAAUUUCCCCGAAAAGGGGUUAAGAGAAAAACUUCUGUAUCAAAGAUAAACAGUAGAUUGAAUGGUGCUCCGUUAAUGACAACACCAGAAAGUGGACACUACAAAAAUGUCAAAAAAGUGAAAAAACAUAUUCCAAUGAAGCAAUCUAGCAGCAGCGAUUGCGAUUCGCAACCGGACGAGAAUUUUCAUUCUUUGCAGAAGCCAGAAGAUAUUUUUCCGACAUCCAUGGCUAAGAAAUCACCGAAAAAGAAAGUCCGUCCUGCAACCUUUGCACUGGAAAUAACAAAAGUAAGUGCUGGGACACAAACAGACAAUCCUAGUAAUGUGAAUACCCAAGUAUCACAAAAGGUUAAAUUUAAAAUCGAUUUAAAGCAUGAUCAAUAUGCAACACGGACAGAUGUUGUGCUUUACGAUAGAAAUAAACAAAGCUUGCAUGGAUAUUUUGAGUCGAUUUUAGAUAAAUAUGAACCGAAGAGAUAUAGUUGCGGAGAGGAAAAUUGUUUCAUUUCAUUAUGUUCUCGUUUUAAAGUCAUGAGCACGAAUAACAUGAACCAUGUUGAACUGUUGCCCGAAGACAAUGACACGCCGCAAUAUGGUGAACCUAUCAGGAUAUUUACGUCCAUUUGUCAACAACAUUACCGUAAAUAUCUAGACGAAAAAGCAUGUGCCAGCAUACCAGAUAUUAUCAUUACGAGGCUGUUUUAAGAUUGUGUAAAUACUAUAAAAUUCCAAGCUCCUAAGUUUUUUACAAGCCACACAAAACAGAAAAAUAUUUAACUUUUUUUUAAUGUCAUUUUAAUAAUUUAUCCCGUUUUUUAUUUUAUUACUUUGAGUUAGAUGUGGCAGUUUUAAAGUAAUUUGAACCUCUUAAAUUUGAUAAACAUACUUCGGAGCAUUAUUUAUCAUUUGUGUUUUUUAGAAUUUAUAAAUUGUUGCUGUUGAGUUUUCAAAUUAUUUAUCGAUUCUAUUUUCAUUAUGCUUAUUGACAACAAGCCCGUAAGUAACAGGGGACGGGCGCGGAUGGAAGAGGGGUGCAGACGGCAGUUUUUCUCACCCCAAUAAUUUUAAACAGAUUAAUACAACUAAUUAUAAAAAUAUAAUAAAUACAGAAAUUACACCCUUUUUUAAAUUAUUUAAAUAGUCUAUUUCCAGCCUUUUGGGGUAAACCAUGGAAGCGCCUCGGUUAGAAGCUAAUAUUUUGCUUUCAACGAAUUGGAGUAACUGGUAACUUUAGCUUGAUUUUAAUCUACGUGAAACUUCGUGACAUCACUUUGUAUAUAGGAUCUAUGAUAAAUUAUAAAAGCGAAGGAUAUAUUUAUAUAUUAAAAAAGACUGCCACGAAAAAUAGUAUUGAAGAAAUCUUAAAUGAGUAUCGUCAUGUUUUCAGCAUGAUGUUUUGUGUUUAAACAUAUAUAUAAAAUAUAUAUAACACACGAUUGUACAUUGACUAUGGAAUAUUUAUAAUUUGUCCAAAUUAAAAUUGGUAUAAUUAUUUUUGUAAAUAUUAUCUAAUAUUAAAAAAGAAAUUUUUACUGUCCAUAUUAUAAAUGA